AUGGCCACACGGCGUCAGGGUCUUACCAGACAUGCUCCUGCCCUGCUUAGGAAGGUAGCUGGGAAAGAGCAUGCUUCGGACGAGAAUCACGAACCCGAACUGGAGGCAUUGUGUCAAAAGCCGAAGGUGCAACGAAUAGACAAGGUCGAAAAGGUGUAUCCUUCACCAGCAACUACAGCAAGCGGGAGUAGUUCUCAGGCGCAGGCAAUGGAGAAUGGGUCGGACGCCGAGCCUGAGAGCGAUGACGAUCUGCCGACUUUCAAGGUACUCGCGGACUUCAAGAAGCCUACAGUUACCAGCAUUGAAGCUGUGAAAGAUGGCGAAUUGACGAAGUUCAGGAUGCCAGGAGCACUGGGCAAGGAACAGGAAAAGAAGGGCAAUGCCUCAGACGAUGAGUUCGACAAUGAGCCUGACUGGCUGGCAAGCUCGCAGCCUAAGUCUAAGAAGCGGAAAGUGAUGCCAGCGACCAAUAUACACGCAACAGCAGGAGGCUCGAGACCUGGUGUGAAGUCCGUCAAGGUCUUUGGAUCAGCGGGUCAGAAAAGGGAACAACGGCUCAAGUCCGACGAAGCGAAGAAGAAGCUGAAGGAAAAGGAGAAGUCCAGAUUCAAAACUGCCACCGGGGUGUCGUCACCAGGAGAGAUUUCCCCAGCUGUUGCCUUCAAGCUACCACAAAGGAACGCCUCCGAACUCUUCACGAGUAGUUCUGCAGACAGCCCCGUACGAUUCGCAACAGCAGGCGCCGAAAGAUCAGACCUGGAUGAGCUCGAGUCGCUCAGCGAUCUGGACGAGAAGGCCAUCUCUACGAUUGAAGAGGGGAAACAGUUCCUCCCACCACCCAAACCCUAUGUGUCUACCCACAAGUGUGAGCACUGCGAGCAAGACGUGGAGAAGCUUCUGUAUGAAGAGUUUCUCGACACGCAUCACAAAUCUGGUAAGGAGCUCGACUUCAAAUGGCAAAGAAGGUUUUGCACACAUCACAAAAAGUCCAAAGCAGAAGCUCUGUGGAAAGAACGAGGUUACCCGCAAACGAUUGACUGGAGAGGCCUCCCGCGAAGAAUGGGGAAGCACGAUGAUUUCUUACGGCAGAUCUUGAGAGACGAGCAAGAGUCUGUGCAUCGGAAAGCGCUGCAACGGCAGCUUGCCCCAGGUCGAAGAUCGAAGAACAUCGGACAGAUGGUGAUGGACAAGAAUGUGAAAGCUGGUACAUUGGUUGGCUACUAUGGUCCGAGAGGCCAGAAAGCAAUGGUCGACCACAUCAUCGAUAACCUCUCCGAUGAUAUUCGCGAGCAAGCGAUCAACGACGAUAUCGUCAUGGCAUCCGGCGCACAAGGUGGCGUGUCGGGCUUUGUGCAGUGUGUGCUGGUCCCACAUCUUGCGGAGAUGUUGAUCAAGGAAGACUUGUUUUUGACUCACGAAUGGGAAGCGGAGGUUCGCGAUGUUAUUGCUGAGAGUGGCGAGCUUGGCGAGCUGAUGAAUCCGGAGACUGAGGAUGAGAUCAAGGAGGUUGAUGAUGACGCUGACGAUGAUGAGUUAUGA